AGAGGAAGUGGCGGUGAGAGGGGUGUGGUCGUCGCUCCUCCUUCACGUGACAGGGGCGGUGCGGCCCCUGCCGGACCCCGUAGCGGCGGCGGCGCGUCAUGGGCUGCUGCUACAGCUCCGAGGCUGAGGCCUCUGACCAGGAAGAAGAGACAAAGCGGCUGCUGGAGCCGGCAGCCAGCCCUCCCAACAAGGCACUGAAUGGAGCGGAGCAGAGCUGUCACAGCCUGCCCUCAGCCCGCACCGACGAGCAGGCCAUGCUGUCCUCCAUCCUCGCCAAGACGGCCAUCAACAUCAUCGACGUGUCGGCGGCGGAUUCGCAGGGGAUGGAGCAGCACGAGUACAUGGACAGAGCCCGGCAGUACAGCACUCGCCUGGCCAUGCUGAGCAACAGCCUGACGCACUGGAAGAAGCUCCCGCUGCUGCCGUCCCUCACCAACCAACCACACCAGGUGCUGGCCAGCGAGCCGGUCCCUUUUGCAGACCUGCAGCAGGUAUCCCGGAUAGCUGCCUACGCCUUCAGCGCUCUCUCACAGAUCCGCGUGGACGCGAAAGAAGAACUGGUUGUACAGUUUGGCAUCCCCUGAGCCCCGCCACCUCGGGGUUUCGUUUCGUUGGCUUCGUUUUGUUUUCCUCCUCUUUUUUUUGGGGUCUUUAUUUCCCCCCCAUCCCCACAGCACAGAACUUGUACAUACGCCCCGUUUCCUAUCGCCCACAAGAUGAUGGCCGUCUCACUAAUCCUCUCCCCCCCCAGCGCUGCCCCCUGUGGCUUUUUCCCCCACUGUGUUGCAUGGGGGGCAGCAGGGAGGGGGGGGGGCUGCAUCCUCAUUGCUGGGGGUCUGGUGUUGUCCCCCCCCCACCCUGGGGAGGGCAGGCAGGAGCUGGAUGCUCCCGGAGGAAACCUUCCAGCGGCUUCCUCUGCCCCCUCUCCUGGUUUACAAUGAUUUUCUUUUCGGUUUUGGUUGAAUUCUUCUCCUUCUGCCACCACAGAUAAACGCAUCCAGCCCGC